AUGCCCCCGAGAAUCCGCUUGCGCACCCUUGCGCAGCUCAUAGAGCUUCAAAUCGAACCUGCUUUGAGAUACACAUGCGGCCGCUGCUCUCGACAAUACGCGACAGCAGCAAUAUCCAUAGCAACAACACCAGCCCCUUCAGAUGCUCAGAUGCGAGCCUCGAUACCAACGCUUUCCCGCUACCCACCCGUUCAACCUCCCUCGCACCGCAAUCCCGCCUACCGAAAAUCCCAACUGCUGCGCUCCUACGUCUCGCUCCUACAAACUACACCGUUAAUCAUUUUCUUCCAGCACAGCAAUCUAAAAGCCACCGAGUGGGUGAGCAUACGUCGCGAGCUGGCCUCGGCACUCAGAAAAGUUGAUGCACAACUGGCGGCUCAAGGCAAACCUCCGCAUGAGCUGAUUGGAGACUACAUCAAGUUGCAAGUCAUCAAGACAAAUAUGUUCGAACCCGCCCUACGAAUCGCCGAGUACUUCAAACCUUUGCCGCCUCCGGAGCCAAUUGGCGGCCUGUCUGGAAUCCAAUCGGAAAAAGAUGAUCCCUCUCUAACACACGCGCUGUCGGUCGCAGCAUACGAGGCCGCGCAGCAGCACAAGAACGAACAUCCCCUAACGCCCGUAUUAGCGGGCUCUGUCGCCAUCUUGACAUUUCCUACGGUUUCACCGGUCUAUCUCAAGGCAGCAUUCUCGAUACUAUCUCCCCAAUCACCCCUCUUCCCUGCCCCUACGAGAAGAGCAGUUCCAAAUUACUACGAGCAAUCCGUACAGGACGGCUUGAAGAAAAUAAUGCUGCUGGGAGCAAGGAUUGACGGGCAGCUCUUUGAUAUGGAAGGCACGAGAUGGGUGGGCAGCAUAGAAGGCGGAAUUGACGGUUUGCGGGCACAGUUGGUGGGGAUGCUGCAGGGAUUUGGAGCUGCCAUGGUGCAGACAUUGGAGAGUGGGUCGAGAAGUCUGUGGUUCACGAUGGAGGGCAGGAGGAGAAUGUUGGAGGACGAAGAGAAGCCGAAAGAGCAGGAAGGGGAGAAGACAGACUAA